UGUGAAAGUAGCACUCCCACUCUCACUUCUCCCCAGGCGGUGUGCUGUGCUGACGGAGACCACUGCUGUCCUAAUGGCUACAAGUGUGACGAGAGCAAGACCUGCACCAAAGGGGAAGUGGUGAUCCCCUGGUACACUAAGCUUCCAGCCACCACCAACAUCAAGGCCGAGCAAAGGUCUGUGCAGUGCGACAAGAUGAGUCAGUGUCCCGAACACACCACCUGCUGCCAGCUGAAGACGGGCAAGUGGGGCUGCUGCCCGCUGCCAAAUGCUGUGUGCUGCCCAGAUAAGGAGCACUGCUGCCCACAGGAUUACACCUGCAGCGUCGCCUCUAACGCUUGCCAGAGGCUCAUCAUGCUGGAGGUGGAAACCGUCCCUCUAACACCAGUGUACCAGCUCGAGCAUCAACCCCCGCUCAAUCCCACAAAUCACAGAGACGUUCAGUGUGAUGAACAGACCAGCUGCCCGGAUGGAAACACCUGCUGCAGGACGUCCGCUACUUCAUGGGGCUGCUGUCCAGCUCCUAAUGCGGUGUGCUGCAGCGACAUGAUGCACUGCUGCCCCGCUGGCUACACCUGCACCAGUACUGGAGGCUGCAUCCAGAACAGCAGGCUUCACUGGCAGGACUGGCAUGUGUUCUUUGGCAAUGAAAAGAGAGCUCUAAUUGUGUGAAAACAUCUCUGCACUUUCAUUUGUUUCUGCAUGAAAAGAAUGCACUAAUGGGAAAUAAUGUCAAAGAGAUUCUGUGAUAAUUGUAAGAUGAUUUGUUGUUAGUAACUGGUGAAGGGGGCACUAUGAAAUUGAAUUGCACUUGGUGUUAUGUUAUGUUUUGAUCUUGGAGAUGAAACAACUACACGUAACUUAAUCAGGGCUUUAAGUUUUUAAUCACUCCUUUUUAGGUCCAAUAGAUCUUUGUUCAAGGCACAUAGCCUACCUCCAAGCUACUUAAAACCCUAACCCAAAUAAACAUUUUAAAAACCC